CCACCAUGGAGCUGGCGAUGGAGAACCUGGGCAGCUUGCACGGCGUCCCGCACUCGCAGCCCGCGGAGCUGCUGAGCCCGGCGCACGGCAGGCAGGGCUCGCACCGCAACCUCGUCCCGCACGGCCGGCCAGCCAUGGUGUCGGGGAUGGCUUCCAUCCUGGAAGGGGGAGAUUACCGCGGAGAACACAGCCUGGCAGCCCCGCUACACCCGGCCAUGAGCAUGUCCUGCGAGUCCCCCUCCGGCAUGAGCCUCAGCAGCACCUACACCACGCUGACCCCCCUGCAGCACCUGCCGCCCAUCUCCACCGUUUCGGAGAAGUUCCACCACCCGCAUCACCAUCAUCACCACCAUCACCCGCACCAGCGCUUGGCCGGCAACGUGAGCGGCAGCUUCACCCUCAUGCGAGACGAGAGGAGCUUGGCUUCCAUGGGCAACCUCUACAGCCACUACCCCAAGGACAUGCCGGCUAUGGGGCAGCCCCUCUCGCCGCUGCCCAACGGGCUGGGCAGCCUGCACAACGCCCAGCAGCCUCUGGCUCCCUACGGCCCCGGGGGCCACUUGCCCAACGAGAAGAUGCUCUCGCCCAACGGCUUCGACUCGCACGCCGCGAUGCUGUCCCGGGGCGAGGAACACCUCGCUCGGGGCUUGGCGGCUCCCAGUUCGGCUAUGAUGCCACCUCUCAACGGGAUGCACCCCCACGGCCACCCGCACCCCCAAGCCGGUGGUUCUCUCUUGGGUGAACGGGAACGUCAGGCCUCGGCUACCGGAUCGCAACCGGGGAGCUCCGGGCAGGUGGAGGAGAUCAACACUAAGGAGGUGGCUCAGAGGAUCACGGCCGAGCUGAAGCGUUACAGCAUCCCUCAAGCCAUCUUCGCGCAGAGGAUCUUGUGCCGCUCCCAGGGGACCCUCUCGGACCUGCUGAGGAACCCCAAGCCCUGGAGUAAGCUCAAAUCCGGCCGGGAGACUUUCCGGAGGAUGUGGAAAUGGUUGCAAGAACCGGAAUUUCAAAGGAUGUCGGCGCUCAGGCUGGCAGCUUGCAAACGCAAAGAGCAAGAGCAGCAGAAAGACAGGAGCCUGCAGCCCAAGAAGCAGCGGCUGGUCUUCACAGACCUCCAGCGCCGCACCCUAAUCGCCAUCUUCAAGGAGAACAAGCGCCCAUCCAAGGAGAUGCAGAUGACCAUCUCACAGCAACUGGGCUUGGAGCUCAACACCGUCAGCAACUUCUUCAUGAAUGCCCGCCGGCGGUGUAUGAACCGCUGGCAGGAGGAGCCAGGCACCAACCCCGGAGUCCCCUCUUCUUCUACAAGCACUUUCUCCAAAGCAUGAUGUCCCCCAGCCCUUCCUGCCCCUUCCCGGACAUCCUCCUCAUGACAAAGCCAACCCAGACUCACACGCAUGCCCCGAGCUGACCGGGGUGGGUGCUUUUGGAUGCUGUAGGUCCAUCCUCCUCCCAAACCCUCAGCUGGCCGUCACAACUGCGGGCCUCAUGCCACAUCCUGCUGCCAUGUCCUCCCAGCUCAUGGAGCAGGGAUAAGGUUUGCAACCAAGUCAGCUCUGUCCUUGGGAGGACUUGGAGGAAAGCCCUGUGGAGUGAGGGAUGACAUGGGAUGGAGGAAAAGGCUGAGGUGCUGUUUGGGAGCAUCCCGAGUCCUCAGAGACCACAGAACCUUGUCUUCACCUCCCCAGCAGGCUCUUUGGGGAGAGAGACACCCCUUGACCCCCCCACCAACCUUGAUCUCCACCACAGCCACCCUUACAGCUCCCACAGUGGAGGAGUAAAGGUGGGGGAGGUACGAGACAUGGAGUCAUGGGGUUGGGCUCUAGCACAACCCCAUCGAACUGGGGCCAAAUGCCCUAUGGUUCAGAGGGGGACGAGCAGGGAAGAUGCUGGAGGUUGACUUCAGCCUCCUUCCAGGUCUUUGGCUGCUGAAGCUUUUUCCCCUGCUGGGAUGCAACAGAGUUCCCCAAGGCAGCCAGACCCUCUCGGCUCAAGCAUUUCUCUCCCCUGAAGGCUUUGCAAAACCCAGUCAAGGGCAUCCCUUUAGCCCCAGACUCCUCCACAGGCACCUUCCUCUGACUCACCUCACCCUGGACACCCCCAAGAGCACCCACACCCCCUCACGGACAUCCCACACCCCCCCCAUCCCACGAGAGCACCCAUCCCCGGAUCCCUCCCAAACUCCACGGCACAGGAGACGUCUCCCCGUGGCCGCCCGCCUCCGCGCACCCGAGCAUCCCCCAGCUGGAGGGGACCACGGCUGCACCGCGUCGCCUGGCGCCCAAGCAGGUCAAAGAAGCACAUUUUAGCUACAGAAAUCGGGUAUUUAAAGAUAAGAAUUGUUUGAAAGGAGACGGGAGGAGAGACUUGGAGCGAAGGAUCGGAUCUUGCCUGGUGACUGGCUCCACCAUUCACCGCUGGAUUUCUGGUUCACUUUUCAGUUGAGGAAUGGACUCAGACAAAGCAGCUUUGUUGGCUUUGUGUCUCGCCCCAUCCACCCUUCGACACACACUAUCGCACCCCUCCCGUCCCCCCCUCUUCAUCUCUGUUACCAAAGAAAUUACAAAACCAAAAAAAACCCAACAACACCAAAAAUUCCCUCUGGGGAACCAACGUCGGCGUACGGUGGGAAAAGAAAAAUCCAAGGGAUCUGGUGGUGAAAUCCAGCCCUGGGUGUGAGAAGAGGGGGGGAAAAAAACCCUCCCCGGUGAGUUCGAAAGGGAAAAAAAAAAACAACCCCCCAAAAAAAGGAUUAACAACAGAAACCACAACCAAAAAAGCUCAAGACCGGCAAUUUACCAAAAAAAGACGCCAGAUUAUUUUUUUUUUUUCGUGCCAAUUAACAACCUGCCUUAAAACGCGAAUUUCUGGAGCGAUGGUACUAGCUUCAAACCGAUCGUUUUCCUCCGAGCUCUCGAUGGUGACUUGUGCCAUAAUAAAAAAAGCAAUCACGAGGCCAAACCCUCACAAUCAGCCCUCGUCUCAGCCACCCCGUGGGCUCCUUGCAGGCUUCGGGGUCCUCUGGAGGAGCAGGAGGUGCCGCCGGGGACAGGGAUGGGCUGGGAGAGGCUUGGGGAUGGAGAGGAAGACAAGGACCCCUCCUUCCCCCACCACUUGGGGAAAAAGUAAUCCUUCAGAAUCAACCAUCAACCGAAAAACGAAAGGGACAUUAUUGAAUUUAUGCGGGUAAAAUAGUACCACCUGUGUUCUAGCGCUACGGUUUCUUCGAUUCACUUUACUUUGCGAGCGAUUUGUUGUGUAAGAGGAAGGCACCUUGUUGAAAAGAAGAUGAAAGAAG